AUGCCCAGCCCCAUUACGCCAGAGGACGCCGAGGACUUCAUCUCUGUUGCGCGCCAUUUCUACAGCAUCACCCCACACUCCAUCCGCACACGUGACCUGCAUAGAGCACUCUUUGUGCCUUACCCACGCCCACAUACGCCCACACCCACCCGUCAGACCAAUGGCAGUACAGAGCAGGAGAGUGGGUCCAAGAACGGCGGUAGAAAUAGUGGCGGUACGGAUAAGAAGGAGAGCGAAAGCGGUGGGCAAGGUACAGGUGCAUUGGGGGCUGAUGGAACGGCUGGACAUAGACCGCGAUCGCCGCGGAGGA